ACCUUUUCAAUCUCUUAAAUAAAUAUCUGCUGCGCUCAAUUCUGACCCAAAAACAUCUUUUCUGAACAGAGCUACAGAUGGGGAAGUUUAGUGAAGAAGAAGAAGAAGCCAACCAAUCAUUACUACAACACUCAGAGUCAAACGGCAUAGUGAAGAGCCAACCCGAAGAGUAUCAAGAAGAGACAGAAAUAAAAACAAGGGUGUGGAUUGAAUCAAAGAAGCUAUGGGAAAUAGUUGGCCCCUCCAUCUUCAGCCGGGUCGCCAUCUAUUCCAUGACCGUCAUCACCCAAGCCUUCGCCGGCCACCUUGGUGAUGUCGAACUCGCCGCCAUCUCCAUCGCCAACACCGUCAUUGUCGGCUUCAAUUUCGGCCUCUUUUUAGGGAUGGCAAGUGCAUUAGAGACACUAUGUGGGCAAGCUUUCGGAGCCAAAAGGUACCAGAUGCUAGGUAUCUACAUGCAAAGGUCGUGGGUUGUCCUACUACUAUGUUGCUUCAUUCUACUGCCACUGUACUUUUUCGCCACACCGAUUCUAAAGCUCCUUGGCCAACCAGACGACGUUGCCGAGCUCUCUGGCUCGGUGUCUCUCUGGUUUAUCCCUCUGCAUUUAAGCUUUGCGUUCAUAUUUCCGGUGCAGAGGUUCUUGCAGAGCCAACUCAAGGCUGGGGUUAUGGCAUGGAUUUCAUUGGUGGUUUUGGUGAUUCAUGUGUUGAUUAGUUGGAUUUUUGUGUAUCACUUUCAACUUGGGGUGGUCGGAACCGCCGUUACUUUGGAUGUGUCCUGGUGGCUCUACUUUUUUGGCAUGUUUGGCUACACUAUUUGGGGUGGCUGUCCCCUAACUUGGACUGGUUUUUCUAUGCAAGCCUUUUCUGGUCUUUGGGAGUUUGUCAAACUUUCUGCAGCCUCUGGCGUCAUGCUUUGCUUGGAGAAUUGGUAUUACAGAAUACUGAUAUUAAUGACUGGGUACUUGAAGAAUGCUACAAUCGCUGUGGAUGCAUUAUCCAUCUGCAUGAGUAUUAAUGGAUGGGAAUUGAUGAUUCCUCUUGCUUUCUUUGCGGCUACCGGUGUAAGGGUGGCCAAUGAGCUAGGCGCCGGGAACGGAGAGGCCGCAAAGUUUGCGACAACGGUGUCGGUGGUGCAUUCCAGUGUAGUCGGCCUCUUCUUCUGCGCGCUUAUAAUGAUCUUACAUGACAAGUUUGCUCUCAUCUUCACUUCAAGCACAGAAGUCCUUGUAGCCGUUGAUAAGCUCUCAUACCUCUUAGCAUUUACAAUUCUUCUCAACAGUGUUCAACCAGUUUUAUCAGGGGUGGCCGUCGGAUCAGGGUGGCAAGCCUGGGUUGCAUAUAUAAAUUUGGGUUGCUACUACCUUAUUGGUAUGCCCCUUGGAAUUCUUAUGGGGUGGGCUUUUAACACUGGAGUUCAGGGUAUCUGGGGUGGAAUGAUUUUUGGUGGAACUGCAGUACAGACGGUCAUAUUGGUCAUCAUAACAUUGCGGUGUGACUGGGAAAAGGAGGCAGAGAAAGCCACCAUGCAUAUUCAGAAAUGGUCAAGCCCUAAUGCUUAAAAUGAUCAACCAUAGAAAGGUUUACCACAUGCGAGGCCUCUUUUCUCUUGAUUGUCUUUGCCCUUUCAUGUGGUUUAAAUUUUUUUCCCAUUUCAAAUUGAAUUUACAAGUGAUUUAAAUUUCUUUAAUUAAUGGUUCAUGUCACUGUAACUGGUCCAAAGGGUUAAUAUAAAUCCGACAUAAUUUAUUAAUGACACGAACUGAACCGAAAUUUAAAUGAAUCGGAUUGGAGUUCAGCAAGUUUUAAAGCCAUUAUAUGA